GUAGGAAUCGUUUUGGCGUUGCACCAUAAUCGGAAGUUGUUGGUACUCCACUCAGAAAAAACUGUCCUACGUUUCUGGUGACUAGCUGGUAGAAUGAAUGAUUUUCAAUCUUCAUUGCGAUGCUUUUUAUGCUCGUCUCAACGUUGACAUGAACUAAGAAGCUCUUUUUGCAGAGGUCUUUUUAUUUCUAUUGGAUUUGACCUCAAUGGCAACGGGAAUGAGGCUGAAGCUGAAGACCGUGUUCGUGCUCUACUUCAUGGUGUCCCUCAUGGGUCUGGUCUACGCUCUGAUGCAGCUAGGUCAGCGCUGUGACUGCACGGAGCACGACCUGCCCAAGGAUCGUACCAUCUCCCGGCUGCGGGGGGAGCUGCACCGCCUUGAGGAGCAGAUGAAGAAGGUGGAGGCGACCAAAUCCCCCCACCAGGCACCGAAGUCCACUCUGCCCACCAUCUUUGUUAUUACCCCGACCUACUCGAGGUUUGUGCAGAAGGCCGAGCUGACCCGCCUGUCCCAGACGUUCCUCCACGUGCCCCAGCUCCACUGGGUGCUGGUGGAGGACUCGCCCCACAAGACCCCCCUGGUGGCCGGCCUACUGGCCGACAGCGGCCUGGCCUACACCCACCUGCACACGGCCACGCCCAAGGAGCGCAAGCUGCAGGACGGUGACCCCAGCUGGCUGAAGCCGCGGGGGGCCGAGCAGAGGAACGAGGGCCUACGGUGGCUCAGGGAGGACAGGAGGGCCCCCCAGGGAGCGGACAGCCAGCAGGGGGUGGUCUACUUCGCUGACGACGACAACACCUACAGCAUCCAGCUGUUCCAGGAGAUGCGUGGCACCCAGCGAGUGUCGGUGUGGCCGGUGGGACUUGUGGGGGGGAUGCGCUACGAGAGGCCCGUGGUGGAGGGGGGAAAGGUGGUGCGCUUCCACACUGGCUGGAGGCCCAGCCGGCCCUUCCCAUUGGACAUGGCCGGCUUCGCGGUCUCCCUCAAGGCGGUCCUGGCCAAUCCGGACGCUUGCUUCGACGGGAACGCACCAAUGGGCUUCCUGGAGAGCAGCUUCCUCCAAGGGGUGGUCACCAUGGAGGAGCUGGAGCCCCGGGCGGACAACUGCUCCAAGGUGCUGGUGUGGCACACGAGGACUGAGAAACCGAAGAUGAAGAGAGAAGACGCACUCCAGGCACAGGGCCUGGGCUCUGACAACGCCGUGGAGGUCUAGAGAACACGCACACAAACCCGUCCCCAAACACACACACACACACACACUUACACGCACAUACCCAAACACACACCCACUGCUCUCUCUCAAUGAAAAACACUGCACAGACACACAAACCCUAACACACACCUAAUCUCAUCUCUUAAUGCAAAACACUAAACGCUCUUCACACACACUGACAACAUGAACCACACAAACACGUGAUACAGACGCACAGUGUAUGUAGAUCUCUGCUGUAACAUACAGCCAGGAAGCCGCUGUAUUGGGAAAAACCCCUGUAUAUAAUGUACAAUUCUAACUAAAUAAGGUGACUGUGACUAGCUAUGGAAGUAUUUAAAUCGACGCGGCCUGCGUUGUGUUCAUCGUAAGCGUGUAUGUGGGAGUACGCCCGUCUGUGUACUUAGUGUUUAUGUCCUGAAUCUGAGGGGGUCUUGUGGUAGUUUCGCUGUUUGUCUGUUAUCUGAAUGUCCCAGAGAAAGGGGGGGGGGGGGUAGGAAAUAACCCAGGUUUUACAAGAGAUUGCAUCAUUGUCUUUGUAAUAUAAGCAUUUUUUAUUUAGAUGUAUUUCUAUUUAUUUCAUCGUUUUUAUGAAGGUGCGGCACCGGCUUUUUAAUAUGUUCUGGUCCGUGUUUCAAAGCGUUCAUGAGAAAAGUUAAAGAGCACCUGAACACUAUUAUCUAACUAACUACGGCGUGUAGGCCUUUACCACAGAGGGGCACCAGUCGGGGCUAAAACGCAGGUGUAGCUCGUUAGGUUAAUCACAGGUCUGUAGGUGUGCCAGGGCCACUAAUUGGCAUCGUGAGCUCCACCUGUGGUCGCCUCUGCCAUUCCACUGACCAGUCCACAGACACUAAUCAGGGUUAGGGUCAGACGGUCAAAAAAAAAAAGCACUAAUACAAAAAACAUCCCAAAAGUUAUCUCAAGUGCUUGUUUUUAAUCUCGGCUUGCGUUUAGACCGCGUAGGAAUAGUGUUUAUCGAAAUGACCGGCAAGCGGGAGCUGAAUCAUGUGCUUCUCAGGCCUCAGCCUGUGUGUGUGAAUAAUGUAAGAUAUCUAAUGUACGAUACUGAGAGCAGAACGGAUGCCUGCUCCCAGGUUCCGGCUGUGGAGCAGUGUGGAUGAUGUAUUUAUGAGCAUCGCGCUCCGCUGUUCGCUGUGUAGUGUGUCGGUAGUCUGACUCCUGUCUGGUCCUGGCUGCGAAGUAAUAAAGUUGAUCCAGUUCAAA